CUCAAGCGUCAAAGAAGCGACGGCUUUGGACUGAUUUUUAAUUUAUCGAUUCUUUUUAGUGAAUUUUCUAUUAAAGAACCAAAUGUUCAAUAUUGCUUUUAAAGUGUUAUAGUGCCGCAAAAAGCUACAUAGCUUUUGAAACGAAAUGGAAAACGAAAUAUUGGACUCUUUAAAUGAUUUGGGAUAUGAAGGCCAAGAUGAAGUGGCCUUCGCAAAGGCCCUUGAUGGGGGCCCCAAGUCCCUGGAGUACACUAAGCUUGUACAUAUCUUAGCUGAAGAACUAAAGAGAUUAUGUAACGUAGAAGAGACAAUCAGUAUGAUGAACAGCCCUGAUGAAUCUAGCUCUUUCCUUCUUGAGCUAAGUUCAUUUUUGAAAGAACUUGGGUGUCCAUAUAAGAAAUUAGUUACAGGUCAUAUGUCAGCUCGACUUCAAAGCAAAGAAGAUAGGAUCCUACUGUUAGAUUAUUUAGUAUCUGAACUCAUGGCUGCAAGGAUGGUCAGCAUUGACUGUCCGAAAGUAAAACCAGGAUCUGGCAUGGAGAUUGUUAUGCAAGAAUCCCCCACUGCAAAAGAUCUGAAGGAAAUAUUAAUAACCCUCAAAUUCAACAAGCCACCGCCAAAUAUUACGCCGGAUAUAUUAUUCUCAAAAUUGGAAGCCAAACUAAAGGACACCAUACAGAAGGAAGGUGAGCAGCUAGUGGGCAAGCCGCUGUAUAACAAAGCUUUAUCGGAGAAGGAUUGGAAAAAUCUAGAAACAUCAUUCAAUGAGAUGUACGAUGAGUACAGACUGAGAAGAGAAACGCUCAUCACGAGAUUGGAAUGUACCAUUCAGAGUUUUGAAUGGUCAGACCGUCUGAAAUCGAAAAAAGAUCUCAUACAAUCAGUGUACAGACCGAAAAGGGAAACUAUGAAAGUUAAACCGGAUGUCAAAUUCUCAGACUUCCUCGCCGCAAGAACGUCUUUAUUGCAAGUGGAGAAGACUUCUAGUGCCAGUGUUAGGAAGAAUACACAGAGCGAAGUGAACAAAGUGAUGAUUGGCAGAGUCCCAGACAGAGGUGGUAGGCCGAAUGAACAGCAACCGCCACCGCCGGAAAUGCCCUCUUGGCAACAGAGAUCUGCACCACAGGCUGGUGGCGGGCGUGGCGGUGGCGGUUUCGGGGGUGGUCAACAACGCGGCGGCGGCGCUGGAUUCGGUGGUAACCAGCAGCGCGGCGGAGGCGGUGGUGGUUUCGGUGGCAACCAGCAAAGAGGUGGUGGCGGCGGUGGUAACCAGCAAAGAGGUGGUGGCGGCGGUGGCCGAGGUGGCAGGGUGCAAGGCGGUUACAACCAGAGUAAUGAUCAGAGACCCCAAACAAGUCCCGCGGGUUACCAAAACACGCGAAACUACCAAACGUAUGAAGUACCCCCGGGUGGUUACCAACAACAGAAACCAACCGGUUACCAAACGCAGCAGAGCUUCGAAGGCAACUACAACGGUAGCCGCAGUUACAGCAGCCAGGGCUACAACAGCAACCCGGGCUAUAAUAGCAACCAGAGCUACAAUAGUAACCAGGGUGUCAGCAACAACCAGGGUUAUAGCAGUAACCAGGGUUAUGACAGUUCUGGCGGUUAUAAUCAGGGCGGCGGCGGCGGCGGUUACAGGAAUCAAGGGGGCGUGUUCAACCAGGGCCAGGGGGCCGGGCAAGGCUACCAGUCCCGUGGGGGCUACCAGAACGAGCACGACGAUCGCGACCGUCGCGGCAGCCGUGGGGGGUACAGCCGCGGCAGGCGUUGACACGACUCCAACACUUCUACUUCUGGGGGGAGCUGAGCAGGGCGGUAGUUUGAUAACAGUGUAAAGAAAGUAGUUAGAAACCUUAAUUAAUCACGUAAGGCUCGAGGAGUUGGGUAGUGUCUGUAGUGCCUUGUGUCGCCGGUAAACCAUAUCAGGUGCGGCGAAAAUGUCUCGACCACGCUUUGCUUGGGUUGAUUGACCGCUCGAGUUCGAUUUUGCACAUGGGAGCGCGGUGGGUGCCGGCUGGGCGUGCGGGUUUGCAUGGUGUUUAAUAUGUUUGACCCGUGAACUCUUGAAAGAAAAUGGUUAAAGAGCGGUUUGAUCUUGUGCAAGCGUUGAGUGGGUUUAUUGGCCGUGGACCGCGGGUACCGCCGCGGCAGCCGUUGACUCGAUGCCGACACUUCUACUUCUGGGGGAGUCGAGAACAUUAAUUAAUAAGACCGUGGACCGCGGGGGUACCGCCGCGGCAGCCGUUGACUUGAUGCCGACACUUCUACUUCUGGGGCAGUCGAGAACAUUAAUUAAUAACGCGAGGCUUGAAAGGGGAGCACCCCCACCUUUAAAUUUUUGAUACUUGCUAGAAACUAGUGAAAGAUCGGUUUAUUCUGAGCGUGGAGUGGGUUUAUUGACCGCUCGUGUUCGAUUUCGCACUUAUCGGAGCACUGGGUAGUGGAAGGAGCGCUUGGGUGUAUAUUCCCCAAGGCUUUUAAGCCCGUCCACACUUGCUAGAAGUCGGUUAAAGAGCGAAUAGAUAAAUUUUUCUAACCGAACCAAAUAUGGGUAAAUACAUUUCGGUUAUUUCCAAACAGGGGCCGUACUAGAACAGUAUUAAUUAUCUUCAAUUAUAUUUUUUUGAGCCCUAUUACUCCUAAAAAUAAAGAUUAUAAUUCUUAAUCGAAACUUUAACAUUUCUAAUUAUAAUUAUACUGCUUUAAGCGAUGGUAGCAAGGCAUACAUCCUUGGUUUUGGUGACAAAAGACUUAAGGACGGUAGCAUUCUUAUUGACUACAGUUCCCCAGCAUGAUGCAUCUUCUUAUAACCUUAUUAUAUAAAGCAAAUAAACAACCUUAUAUUUUCA